AUUACGACUUAUUAAAUAGUGAAAAUUUUGAAAUGUGACACUUCAUAAAUCUUUUUGAUAAAAUUUAUCAUGGAAUCUCAAGAAACAACAAGACCUUUUCUUGUAGUACGUGGUGAUAAUGUAACAGGAGUCAAAAAACCAACACAUUAUUUGGAAACGCUAACACACGCAAUAAAAGGAUAUGUUGGUUCAGGAAUUUUUGCAAUGGGUGCUGGUUUCAUGAACAGUGGAAUACUUUUAGGCCCACUCUUAUUAAUAUUCAUAGCUUUAGUCAAUUUGCAUUGCCAACAUAUACUGAUUAAGGCAAUUAUUAAAAUUACCGAAAAAGAAACGGUUCCUGUUUUACCAAGUUUUGCUGAAACGGUUCAAUACACUUUUGAAGAUUGUGAUUCCACUUGGUUGAAGAAACAUUCAAAGACUUUUGGAAGCACCACUGAUGUGUUUCUAAUUCUUGCAGAGUAUGGAUAUUGCGUCGUCUACUUCAUUUUUGUUUCAAAACAUCUUGGUGAAAUCGCUGAAGCUUACCACUGGAAGCAAAACUACCGUGUGAUUCUUGCCCUUAUUUUACUACCCAUGUGGCUCUCAACUUUUCUAGGAAAUUUGAAACUGUUAACUCCAGUGUCUUUCUUAGCAAAUCUUAUCAUGUGGGUUGGAAUUGUGUUAGUUUUGUAUUAUUCAAUGGUAAAUUUGGAUGUGAAAACUCAACGAAAUUUAGUAACUCACAUUGAGAAACUUCCUCUCUUUUUUGGGAUUGUCUUAUUUGCAGUGGGCGGAAUUACCUUUAUUGUACCAUUACGAAUGGAAAUGAAAAAUCCGGAUUCCUUCACAAAUAUUUGUGGUGUUUUAAAUGUGGCAAUGACAGUAGUCGUAUCUUUGUAUUUGCUUGUUGGAAUUUUUAGCUACUGGAUGUGGGGAGAUGAAGUAAAAGGAAGUGCUUUUCUUAAUUUACCACAAGAAGAAGGUCUAGCUAUUGCUACAAAAAUUUUAAUAUCUAUUGGAGUGAUGUUUACUUUUGCUUUGCACAUGUAUAUUCCUUUUGAAAUUGCUUUUCCGAGAUUUUACAAAAAAUGGGGACCUUUCAAUCAUCCAACUUUGAUAAUAAAUGUCUACAGAUCAGUGGCUGUUCUCAUAACUUAUGCAAUAGCUAAUAUCAGUGCAAAUUUGGCAUCUUUUAUUUCACUGAUUGGAGCAUUGACUGGAUCUUUUUUAGCAUUAUUAGUGCCAGCAAUGCUUGAUUUGGCAAUGAAAUGUGGAUCAUUGACGAGCAAUCACCGGCUCAGUAUUAUCAAUUAUGGAUAUUAUUAAAGACUACACGAAAGAAAAUGAGUGAAAUAAAAA